UUCUUAUUGCUGCUACCAGCCGCUUUAUUUCAUUGUCUCCUUCUCACAACAAACAAACCCAUUUCCCUACACCUUUCUUCUUCUUCUUCUUCUUCCUCUGCAACUCUCUCUCUCAUCUUGCGUGUUUAAGAUCGUCACUCAAACGGCGCCGUCUCCUCUCCGAUUCCUCAGCCACGUUUAUCAGGUUUCUUGGUGCUGUUUGAGUGUUUGUGCAUUGUACAUUAUUAUCUCUACAUGUUCUGGUGAGAUGCGCUUCCAUUGGAAAUUCUCCUUCAUUCCCUCUCUUUCCUACUUUGUUUAAAUAAUAAUUUACACUUCAUAGAUCUUUUAAAAAAACGUUUAUUUAUAUACGUACUUAUACCUGUGGGUUUAAAAUUUAAAUUUGUUAUUAUCGGCAAAAAUUGGGUUCGCUUUCGCAUUUGCAUUAUGCAGGUUAUGGAAGUUGGUGAUUUCUUCUUCAUUUGGUCUAUUCCAUUACAUUGUCUGAAUUGCAGAUGAUGUUGUAGGUGCUUUCCAAUCUUGGAUUAAUGGAGAGAAAAUAGAACUGAUGAGUGUCAACUUUGCAUGUUCUGUUUUCUCAGGACUUAUUAGCAUGAUAUGCCACAAUUAUGGAGUGUUUUGUUAGCCAACUUUCAUAUAGGAAGAAGGUAUAUUGUGCCGAAGAAUCUCUGUUAAUUGGAAGAGUUGUAUAGGCCUUGUUCAGUUGCAUUGUGUCCUUUAGAUCAUGGUCAUCCUUCUUUUGGAAUUGGAUGGUUGUUUGGCGUGAGAUGGCUUAGCAAUUGUUCUGAGGAUACUUUGGCAAUAGACUGGUCACAUCCAAUGUUUAGUGAUGCAAGAUGUCAUUGUGAGCUGUUACAGGAAAUUUAGGGAGGGUCAUGGAACUUCUCAUAUACCAUUGUUAUAGUUCUAAUUGGUGCUCUGAGGUGCUAAAAUAUGGAUGUUGGUAAACCUCAGUACUAUCUUCCUGUAACUUCUAAAUUUUCUUGUUGAAUGCUUGUUCUCUUAAAUAUGGAAUCUGCCAUGGAAGUGGUGCUGUUUAGUAGGGGCUGGUAUAAUGAGUGUAGGAGUACAAUUUCCAUAGAGCAUUCACAACACAUUAACAUGCACUAUGCAAACUGCCAUUUUGAACCAUUAGGGCAUAUGAUAGAUGGAGGAGGCUGCUGUAGUGAUAUGCAUCCUCUCUUAAAUGACAUAGGCUGCUCUCUAUGUCAGUUCAUCUUCUGGUUCAGCAAACAGUUGGUUUCUCCAAUAAUGCAACAAUUCAUGGCUGGGAUUGGUGUAACGCUGAUGAUUCUUUCUUUUGACGUGAGCCUAUGAGUUCGUUGACAUGGAAGCUGUUUGAUAGGCAUGAGUUGGUUAUAUCAUCUUCCUUCAUGGUUCUAAAUGAGGAAUGAAAUGAAACUUAUGUCAAGGUGUUGAUAGCCUAACCAAAUUGCAGGCAUUCUUCCUUUUACUUUACCUAUUUAUGGGGGAUGGAAAAUAUUUUACUUCCAUGUUCGAGCCUGUACAUCCUAUUUUUUAAUUGUCAUGCCUUACUGGGGGCAAUGGAUGGUCUUAACAAGACAAACAAUUAUGUUUGAUUGUGAACAAAAUUGAUUAGAAUUGGAUAUGGCAACAUGUUUCAAUUGUUUGUAUUCUGGUAAAUGGAAAAUUUUCUAUUUGGAGAUAGCCAUAAAGCUUUUAUACUUAUUUGAAAUUUUCCAUUAUUUUUAAUGUAAAGCCAAUAUACCCCAUGAUUAUAGCUUUGAAGAACAACAUAAAUAAGAAUGUGUUUGGUAGAAAUAAAAUAUCAUGUAAAAUAUCAUUUAACAGUGAAAUCUUUAUACUUUGAAAGCUUAAUGACUGAUUGUCUUUUUUGAUGUCUUGGAUAUCAUUUAGUAUUUGGAUUUUAGCAAAAUCUGAAACCAAAGUUUAAUAUUAAGUGAGGCCUGUCUAAAUAUAUUGUUUUCUGAUGUUUAAUUUCUUCAAUAAUUAAUAGUUUAAUUUACUUCUCCAUUGAGUUUGGAUUUAUCUCACUUUGUGUUAACAAAAUUUUAUAAUAAAAAAUUUUCAAGACAGAGCUUUUCACUGAAAAACUAUUUUUUUCAUAAAAAAUAAGCAUAACGAAUCAUGUCAGAACAAUGGCAUAUAAUUAUAAUUAUAAAUAUGCGUGGUGAUACUCAGCUGCCCAAGCUCUUUUUAAAACAACUUUAUUUGAUUUAUCAUGAUUUAUUUAAGGUAACAAAAUUUCUGAAGCCUUCUCUGCUUUCCACGUGGAAGCCGGAAGCUAGGUUUUUAUUCUUUUAAAUUCCUGCUUAUAAAAUAAUUUUAUAUUUUCUAUUUAAUAUAAUAUAAAUUAAUGCUAGAGUACAGUUGUGCCAAUAUAAUAUUCUCUUCUAUGAUAUUUCUUGUUGUAAAAAUACUGUCUAGCAGUAAACAGUUUUUUUCAGACUGUCUUAUAUGCUCUCAUGAAUGCUUUCCUCUACUUUUUCUGCUAAGGUAUUAGACAUACACCUUUCUCUAUGUCUCUCUCUCCACCAUCUCUAAUAGAAACAAUAUCUAAUUUUGUUCUUCAAGCAAAUUUCAUUAUAAAUUGCUUUGUAUUUUUCCCUAUCAAAAAGCUGUGGAGUGGAAUAUCCUGUAUUUUUUAGUGGUUCCUAGGAUUUACUUAAUUUUUUUUGUUUCUUUGGUCUUGUCUUGAUUAUUGAUUAGAGGGCAGAUAGGAGUAUUCCCCCCCCCCCCCCCACCAUGUGCUCAAUGUGCAUAGUUGAUUAUUAUUUUCAAGUGCAGGAAAAGAUUAGAAAAUGCUAACACCUUCUAAUACUUGCUAAACCUUACCAGGUAAUAUCUGAUACGUUAGUCAUCCUAUUCUCCAAUCCUUCCUGUUUUUAUUAAGUUAAUCGUAACUCUUGCUGCCAUUCAUGAGAAGCUAGAGUGUGGAUUCAUCAUCUAAUUUAUAUCUCAGCAAUGCCAUUCUUUUUCUUGUGUUUAUUUUUUUUCCAUCCUCUUUGUUUUCUUGCCUCAGACUAGAAGGUGCUCUUUCUGUAUCAGUGGAUAGAGGCAUAUGGGUAAAUGGCAUCAAGUGAGUGGACUUAUUUGGGGAAGUUGGUAAUUUAUUACUGUUAAGGAGACCAUGAGUGCCAAGUAUUUAGUGUUUACAGGAUAUUUUUUAGGUUGUGAAUUAUUUGCAAAUCUGAUUCAACUACAGUGUCUAUUUUGACUCCCAAGAUUGCAAGUGGCAGUUAUGGGUCAUAGGCACUUACAUAACACAUCUUCAUUGUUCGAUGGUGAGCCUGACCAGAACUGGAAUCAUUUGCAUACUGAUCAACAAUAUGUGCACCUUGGUAGGACUAACACUUCAGAGAAUAGUUCAUUUAUUUAUCCUGCUGAAAAUAUGUCCAUAGAUAGCAUAUCUUUCCCCUCUCAUUGGAAUUCUUCCUCAAGGUCAAAUGGAUAUGCAUCCUCUAGUCACAACAUUGUUGUACCUCCUCACCAGUCAGAUGCAUCAGGCACUUCUAAUGAUCAUUUUGUGCAUUCGUCUAGUGCUGGACCAUUCUUUACAGUGUCGGAAAAUUAUUUACACCAACCUUCUUCCUCCAAUUAUGACAGACAAACAUUUCAUGUUGAUGCUGGUUUUAUUGAUCUUACAAUGGGAAGUGGACAAGGGCAUCACAAGCGUAAGAGCCCUGGAAUUCCUUCAGUCUACGAGGGAGGCAGUACUAGUAGAUACUUUAAUGCUGGGAGUUCAACUGAUCUUCCUAUAUCUUCAGAAUUGUGGCAGGAGAAGCCAAAUAUUGAUUCUCAAUAUAUGCCCUGGGAUCAUUUUACUAUGACACCCACAUUCAGAGGUACUGGCCUUUCAAUUAAGGGUGAGGGUUCUUUGCGGAAUGUGAGGAGCCGUUCUACACUUGAUUUGGAUUCCAAUCUGUCUAGGACCCAUUUAUCAAGUAAUCAUUCACACAAUUCCUACCCUACUGUCCCACCAGUUGACCAUUCUAGCAUGGCGGAUCUUUCUGGUCAGACUUCUGGUACAUUAACAAGGGAUUGGAGCCAAAUGAACAUGUCUCCAGCUAAUGGAAGGGUGUUAUUAUCAGAUACAAGUUCUUUUGGUCUUGAAACAAGUCACUUCCUUGUUGGAAGUGGUGCUACUGCUAGCAAUGCUUCUGUAGAUGUUGGGGGCUUCCAUCAUGAAUUUGGUGCAAGCAGAAAUCCUACUGCUCCUCAAAGUUUUCAUAAUACUCAUACUCAGACCGCUAGGGGAAUUCGAAGCAACUAUUCUCAGAGAUCCACACCAACUUUUAGGGCUUCUUCAAGCUUGCGCUUGGGACAUGUGACAUCUGAUGAUGGAUUGCCUAUGGUAGCUGAAAGUUACUCUUCUAGACAUCCAAGGCCAUUGAGCACCAUUGGCUGGAGGAAUGGUGAUAGAAAUGGGAGGUCAAGAAUUUCUAGUGAAAGAUAUCGAUCAUUGACUGAGGAGAGUGGUCUCCAUGAUCGAUUUUCCUCUGAGGGUUUCAUGGUUGUUGAGCGUGCAUCAGUGUAUGGUUCCAGGAAUAUGCUUGAUCAGCACCGAGACAUGAGGAUGGAUGUAGAUAACAUGAGUUAUGAGGAACUACUUGCACUUGGUGAGAGGAUUGGCUAUGUGAACACAGGAGUCUCUGAGGAUUUGCUUUCCAAAUGUUUGACGGAAACAAUAUAUUGUUCAUCUGAGCAAAGUGAAGACGAAGGAAACUGCGUAAUAUGUCUGGAAGAGUACAAGAAUAUGGACGAUGUUGGAACACUUCAAACUUGUGGACAUGACUACCAUGUGAGCUGCAUUAAAAAGUGGCUAUCUAUGAAGAAAUUAUGUCCUAUCUGCAAAGUAUCUGCUUUGCCUGAGGAUACGAAGGAUAAAUAACUUCUGUAAUAUAAAUUAAUCCCAUUUUGUGUAUAUAUUUGGACAUCCCUAAAAAAUGAGGAAACGAACCUGUUUUUGGAAAUGUUAUAACAGGAAUGCUACUCUAUAUCAAUGUAUUUGUUUUCGGCUUCGAUCUCAAUUACUCGAAGCCUUGAAAUUAUGUGGUUUUUUUAUAA